AUGCAGCGGACUGCUAUCCCAAAGCUCAAACAUAAAAAUUUUAUCAGUAUCGCAAUUAUGUUGGCGUUAUUUUUCAUGUCUUUCCUUGCGGUUACAAAUGCCGAGGAAGGACAUUGCAUUUGGUAUGGCCAGUGUCAUACAGAUCAAAUGGGGCGGUCGCAAAAUUGUUAUUACACGGGAGAGGCUAAACCACUAAAUGGAUCCGGUCUGGAAAUACUCGCCCGAAAUUGUCCGCAUAUGAUGUCUAAUGACGUCCGAACUUGCUGCGAUGUUAACCAGCUCGAAACGUUCGAUACAAAUAUUAAACUGGCGGCUAACUUUUUAGCCCGGUGUCCCAGUUGUUUGGACAACUUGGUGAAGCAUCUUUGCGAAUUCACGUGCAGCCCAAAGCAAAGUUUAUUUAUGAAUGCCACACAGAUAGAAGUCAACGAAGAUACUAAUAAUACGUAUGUCAAUGCCGUCGACGUAUUUAUCACGAACAAAUAUCUCCAAGGAACAUUUACGUCUUGCAAAAAAGUAUCUAUACCGAGUCUUGGGCAAUUAGCGUUGGAUGUAAUGUGUGGAGACUGGGGGGCAAGUAGAUGUACUGCUGAAAGAUGGUUCACGUUCAUGGGUGAUUCUAAUAAUCCAUACGUGCCUUUUCAAAUUAAUUAUAAUGGAACUGACGGCAAAGUUGGUCCGUUUAUCCCAAUGGACCCUGAAGUAACUCCCUGCAGCAAAGCUUUGAAUGAAAAAUCACCAGCGUGCAGUUGUGUAGAUUGUGAAUCAAGCUGUCCCGUCCCACCACCAGCACCUCCAUUACCAACACCGUUUAAGCUUAUCGGCUAUGACGGAAUAGCCGUCAUUAUGACGAUUAUAUUUAUCAGCGGAUCCUCAAUAUUUUUAAUGUCCAUUAUUUGUUUCAGUAAUCGUAAACAAAUAGUUGCUCGAGGAGAAGAAGUAGGGAGACAGGUUGGUAGACGUCUAGCUGCCGGGCUUCAUCAUCCAGGAGAUGUUGCACGAAUUGCUUUAGCAGCUGAUCAAGAAGACAGCCCACUACAAUCUAAGCGUUCCAGUACGUGUAGUGUCUGCUGAUGAUUUGCCAGGAGGAUUCGAGGAUGAACAAUCUACUGUAAUAGAGCGCCUCGGUGCUAACACUGACAAAUUUUUGCAAGAAUUUUUCUGCUUUUGGGGAACUGUUUGCGCCAAGCACCCAUGGACCGUCCUCUUCUGCGGCUUCCUCACCGUCAUAGCCCUUGGCACGGGCAUAAACUACAUGCAGAUGACAACAGACCCCGUAGAACUCUGGGCAUCUCCAUUAUCUCGCUCCCGAGUAGAGCGAACCUUCUUCGACAGCCACUUCGAGCCCUUCUACCGCAUCGAGCAGCUGAUAAUCACUCCAGUGAACCUCCCGAACAUCGUCCACAACACCAGCAAUGGGCCCAUAACCUUCGGGCCAGUCUUCAACCCGAACUUCCUCCUAGCUGUCCACUCCCUCCAAGAAGCGAUAAAAAACAUCAGUACUGAAAAUAAUUACACUCUAGCAGAUAUCUGCUUCGCUCCGCUGACCAACGCGUUCACUGGCCCUCCCACGGUGGACAAGUGUACUAUUCAAAGUAUCUGGGGCUACUGGAAGGACAGCGUUGAAGAUUUUAACAGCACCUCCGAAGAAGCUGGGUUUAAUAUCACUUACUUAGAUCAUUUUAAGAAGUGUGUUGGCAAUCCUUACAACCCCGAAUGUUUAGCUUUAUAUGGAGGUCCAGCUUUGCCUCCAGUUGUCCUGGGAGGAUUUUUACCUCCAGGCCAGUCCCUCCGCAAUCCCUCCUACGAAAAAGCUACCGCUCUAGUGGUGACAAUCCUCGUUAAUAAUUAUCAUAAUAAAACAAAAUUAAUCCCCGCUAUGGAGUGGGAGGAGGCUUUUGUCAAUUUCAUGAAGGACUAUGUCAGUGACCCCGCUAAGAAACCAGAGUUCAUUGACCUGGCCUUCACCUCUGAGAGGUCAAUUGAAGACGAGCUUAAGAGAGAAUCUCAGUCAGACAUUUCAACAAUUUUAGUGUCUUACAUAAUUAUGUUCGCGUACAUUGCGAUAUCUCUCGGACAAAUGAGGUCCUGCAACAGAUUGAUGAUCGACUCCAAGAUCACCCUGGGACUGGGAGGUGUCUUCAUUGUCCUGGCCUCUGUGGUAUGCUCCGUGGGACUCUUUGGGUUCAUCGGGCUGCCCGCGACGCUUAUUAUCAUCGAGGUUAUUCCCUUCUUGGUACUCGCGGUGGGGGUGGAUAAUGUGUUCAUACUGGUGCAGACUCAUCAGAGAGAGGGACGGAGGCCAAAUGAGUCAAUUCCGGAGCACAUAGGACGUACUUUGGGGCAAGUGGGACCUAGUAUGCUGCUUACGAGUGUCUCGGAGAGCUGCUGCUUCUUUUUGGGAGGACUUUCUGAUAUGCCUGCUGUGAGAGCUUUUGCGUUGUAUGCAGGUAUGGCUCUAAUGAUAGACUUCCUGCUCCAAAUAACCUGCUUCGUAAGUCUGCUAACCCUCGACACAGUGCGUCAAAGCAGCAACAGAUUCGACAUCUGCUGCUGGUUCCGGGGUUCAAAGAAAGACACCUCCGAGGAAGUAGUCGACGGCAUCCUCUACAAGAUCUUCAAGAUCCUCUACGUCCCAUUAUUACUCCAAAAGUGGGUCCGCGCUGGAAUAAUGGUAAUAUUCUUCGGAUGGCUGUGUACCAGCAUCGCAGUAGUCCCGCACAUAGAAAUCGGACUGGACCAAGAAUUAUCCAUGCCAGAGGAUAGUUUUGUCUUAAAAUACUUCAAGUAUCUGAACAGCUACUUAUCAAUUGGACCACCAAUGUACUUUGUAGUGACCGGAGGGUUAAAUUACUCGAACACGUUUGACCAGAAUUUAGUCUGCGGCGGGAAGUACUGCAACUCUGACUCAGUCUCGACGCAGAUCUUCAUCGCAGCUCAGCAGCCCAACAUCAGCUACAUAGCCACCCCCGCGUCCUCCUGGCUUGAUGAUUAUAUCGACUGGUCCCAAGCUCCGGACUGCUGCAAGGUCUUCAAGUCUAAUGACUCAUUUUGUCCGCAUCAAGGUCGCAAAGGCUGCACCAGCUGCGACAUUUCCUCCAAUAAAUACGACCGACCUCCUCCGAGAGAAUUUGAAAAAUACGUCUCGUUUUUCCUAGAAGACAAUCCCGAUGAGCAAUGCGCCAAAGCUGGACACGCUGCUUAUGGUCAAGGGGUCAAUUACUUGACCAACAAGCAGACUAACUUGUCCAGUGUCCGGGCUUCUUACUUCAUGGCUUAUCACUCUAUUCUUAAAACUUCGGAGGAUUAUUACGAGUCCAUGAAAGCCGCGAGGAAGAUUUCUGCUAAUAUUACCAACAUGCUUAACAGCAACCUUAAGAGACAGAAUAGAAAUGAAACGGUGCAAGUUUUUCCCUACAGUGUUUUCUAUGUCUUCUAUGAACAGUACUUGACCAUGUGGCCGGACACUCUUAAGAGUAUAGGAAUUUCGCUAGUGGCUAUUUUUAUUGUCACUUUCUUCCUCAUGGGCUUGGAUAUCUUCUCGUCGAUUGUGGUGAUUAUUACUAUUACCAUGAUUUUGGUUAAUAUUGGGGGACUGAUGUACUGGUGGCAUAUUACGCUUAAUGCUGUGUCGCUGGUUAAUCUUGUUAUGGCGGUGGGAAUAUCCGUCGAAUUUUGCAGUCAUCUUGUCCAUUCAUUCUCCACAUCUGUCAGAGAAACUAGAAUAGAAAGAGUGGAAGAUGCUGUUACAAAUAUGGGAAGUUCGAUAUUUAGUGGUAUUACGCUCACCAAAUUUGGUGGUAUUAUUGUCCUUGGCUUUGCUAAAAGCCAAAUUUUCAAGGUAUUUUACUUUAGAAUGUACUUGGGGAUUGUUAUUUUUGGAGCAGCACACGGUCUAAUAUUUUUGCCUGUAUUACUUAGUUAUAUUGACGUGAUGUCCGGCAAACGAAAGAGACGAAUCCGUCGUAUCAACACCGAGAGCAUUAACAACAACCGCGACAGCAAUGACCUUGAGAACUCAGGUCACAUCGCUGAUCCCGCAACUCCUCUUAUCCAGAAUGCUCCCAGCGUCUCAAUCACUUCCUACGCCAGUAUAAAUUAA